AUGAUUCCUUCAGCCAACUUUACCAGGAUUAAUGAGUUCCUAUUGCUGGGCUUCUCUUAUCUCCAGGAAAAGCAGCUUAUGCUUUUCCCACUCUUCUUCUGUCUUUAUCUGCUUAUUCUGAGUGGGAACAUUACUACAGUGACUGCCAUCUUCCUGGAACACAAACUUCACACUCCAAUGUACUACUUCCUGAGUAUUCUUUCUAUCUCUGAGACUUUCUAUACCAUUGUCAUCCUGCCCAAGAUGCUCCUUAACCUUCUUUCUGUACUCAGAACUAUCUCCUUCAUCAGUUGUGCUGUCCAGAUGUUUUUCUUUGCUGGCUUUGCUGUCAACAACUGCCUGCUGCUUGGGGUAAUGGGUUAUGACCGCUAUGCUGCUAUCUGCCACCCUCUGCGCUACCCAAUUCUCAUGAGCUGGAGAGUAUGUGGGCAGCUGUCAAUCACCUGUGGCAUUUUAGGUUUUAUGACCGCACUAAUUAUGGUUAACAUGAUCUUUAGUCUCCCCUUUUGUAAUUCCAACAAAAUCAACCACUAUUUUUGUGAUAUUUCACCUGUUAUUAGGCUUGCCUGUACAGACUCAGAAACUCGUGAAUUUAUCAUUUUCAUCCUUGGUGCUCUUGUACUUGUGAUCCCCUUUUUCUUUAUUUGUAUUACCUAUCUCUAUAUAUUGAAAACCAUCAUGAAAAUCCCCUCAACUGAAGGGAAGAAAAAGGCCUUCUCUACCUGUGCUUCUCAUCUCACAGUGGUAAUCAUUCACUACGGCUGUGCUUCCUUCAUCUACCUGAGACCCACAGCCAGUUGUAUUUCCAAUAAGGACCGCAUAGCCACAGUGACAUACACCAUCAUCACACCUCUGUUGAAUCCUAUAGUGUAUAGUCUCAGAAAUAAAGAUGUACAAAUGGCCAUCAGGAAGGUGUUGAGCAGGAAAUUUCACUUAAAAUGA